GGAUGCCCUAGACUGGACAAAGAGAAGGAAACGUCUGGCAAAUGAAGCAUCCCAGCCGUAUUUCAAUGGACAGCUUAACUCUUCAUCUUCUCAUCUUUAAAAGUAUUUUCCAGAUUGUACGUAAUAUGGAGUGUGGUGAAAGAGAUAUUGGAACGGUUGCCCUUAUGGCAGAGUGGUCUGCUUUUCCUGAAGGUUUCAAUCCUGAUAACUAUUUUUUUAUGUAUCAUCCUAUCAAUAAGCAGAUCAUACUGCAGGCAUCUGCUGUUCAACAAGUUUAUAAUACUUAUACUUCAUUAAAUAACCUUGAAGAGAAGCACACAUAUAAUGUCACCAUUAAAUCCAUGAAAGAUGGCAAUACUUUAAGUGUUAGAUCAUUUUUAACAAAAACAUUUGCUCUUUCUGAUAUUAAGAUUGUUGUGACAAGUACAUCUGUGUCCUUCUCAUGGAGCAAAAUCAGUAGUCACUUUACUGUUUCCAUCAUGAUGAACAAUUCAUCUGGAAAUAUGUUGAAGAAACAUGAUUUUUACGAAUGGAACAAUUUGAUACCUGGGUGUCUUUACACUUUCAUAUUUACUUUGAAACAACAUUAUCUUGGCUUUAUUAACGUUACUCAGAAUAUUGACAUUACAGUUAUAACAGGGCUUUGUUCUGAGGGCUGGUCUGCAUUCAAAGGCAGUUGCUAUAGACUCAGCAUGGAUAGAAACUCUUGGAAUAUUGCUGAACACAACUGUAAAGCUCUUCACCCUGAAGCCCAUCUUGUAAAGGUUCACUCAAUUGAUGAACAGCUAUUUUUAAGUAGUUUCCUGCAUAUGAAAAAUGAAGUUAUCUUAUUAUGGAGUGGCCUUUCUGAUGAGAUGGCUGAAGGAGAAUUAGUAUGGACAGAUGGAUCUUCCUAUGAUUUAGACACAUCUGAAGUUCCACUGUUGUCAAACUUACCUGAGAAUGAGACAGAUUGUUACGCUUUGCAACAAAACGCAACUGGUCCAAAUUAUUUUUACACAGCGUUUUUUUGCCGAAUGGAGUUGCCAUACCUUUGUGAAUAUGAGUUUCCAGAAGUUCCAGAAAACUUUACAUAUUUUUCAGAAGCUGUUACAGAAAGUCAAGUAUUAUUUCAUUUGGAUAAUUUACCCGACUUUUCUCACAAAGGCUAUUACCCUUUCAUCAAAUAUUAUUUCGACAACAAAUAUGACGAUCUUGAAAGAGUGAACCCUAAUUCUACAUACAUAUCUUUAAAGAGGUUGAGCCCAGCACAAAUAUAUCAUGUUAUUCUAUGCAUGAGGGACAGCAAAGGAUCACAAUAUAAUUUGAGUCCAGUUAUUCCAGUACAGACAAGGCCUUUGUAUCCUAAAAAUCUGACAGCCACAAAAAUAUCUUCAUCGAGCUUAAGUUUAAAAUGGAAUCCACCGGCAAACUCAUUUGACUCAUCGCGUUUGUGCGGAUAUAAGCUUACAGUCGUUGAUGUCAAAGAAAACAUACUUUCAACUUUAAUGGAAGCAAAGAACAGAACUUCAACUACCAUUACAAACUUAAGACCAUAUAACAAGUACAAGAUUUUCAUACAAACUGUAGGAGAAAGUGGGGUACUGAGUUCAGUGGAAAAAAUUGUGUCACUAGUGACAGGGAUUAGUCCACCCCAAAGAGUUUUAAUUAAACCAGAUGAAGUACAAGAAGAAUCAGUGGUCAUCCACUGGGAAUCUCCACAAGAAACUCGUUUAGUCUACAUUGAGGUUAAACCUGUUCUGGAUAUUUCUGAACCCAGUUCUUAUUUUGCGCAUGAUAACAACAGCUUUGUUAUUGGAUCAUUAGUGCCUGGCAUGACCUAUGAAAUAGGACUCUCUGCAGUGAUUAAUGGAAAUAAGAGUGAAAAGAUCACCAUUCAGCAAACCUUACGGCCUAAACCAGUUACUCUCGUGGUCCCAUAUGAACAGAGUACACAUGCAGUGGUUUUGUUUGUCCAGGUGCAAGCUGUGGGUGUGUUUGAUGGCAUAUUUAUAAUAAACACCAAUGACCCCAAGAGAAAUAUGUCUUUUCCACCUCUGACUCAUGGUACUUUUGCAAUUGAUCAGCUCACUCCAGGCACGCAAUAUAAGUUCCAAGUACAUACUAAAAGCAAGAAUAUGCUAAGUACUCCAUACAAAAUGUCUUCUGUCAAAACAUGUUUGGCGAGUCCAUCUAAUGUACAUGAAGGUGAAGUCACAGAUACCUCUAUUCAAGUAAUUUGGGACAGAGCAGAAGGGGGUUUUCAGCAAUAUGAAAUUAUUUGCACAAACUGCUCAGAGACAUUCAUGGUUCAAAAAGUCACAAAAGAAAGGGCCAUAUUUGCAUCAUUGAUACCUGGAACAGUUUAUGCGUUCACUGUGUCUACAGAAAAAGAGCUAUUUAGAGACAGUCCAGCUGUUACGGUAGAAAUUCAAACAUCUCCAAGCAUAGCUGGCAAUAUCAGCUUCACUGUAACUACAGAUUCAGUAAAUGUCACUUGGCAAGUUUGUGGACAGUCUGAUGGAUAUAUCAUUUUCUUAACUUCUGAAACUAUCAACAGAACAGAAACUGUGCUACGAUCUAAAAGAUCGCGUUUAUGUUCCACCGCUACUCAACUAACCGCGAUAACCGUAAAACACAUAACAACAGCGAUCAACUCAGUGGAUCGUGAUAUGCUGAUACGCACCUGGGAGGAAUUCUCUUAUCGCAUUGAUGUUGCCCGUGCUGCAGAUGGUGGUCACAUUGAACACUUGUGGCAUACUUUUAACCAUCUCUUGCCAGGAGUUGACUACCACAUCAGUAUUUUCUCAACCUUUGGAUCAAAGAAAAGCCCCCCAGCUGUUUUAUGUCUUGUCACAGCCCCUGAACCUCCUUCCGCUCUGCAGAUUCUUGGACAAGAGGAGAGCACUAUUUACUUGUCUUGGGAACCUCCACGAGGUGGACAUGACAUGUUUCAAAAGUUUAGUUGCACAACUUUUGUUGUGCUGCCCAUUCCAUCUUCCUCCAUCUACUGUGUGGAACCUGAAGUCUCCUGGUAUAUGAGACAUGCAUAUCCCAGGAGACUGCAGGAGUGA